UCUAAUCUCAGACACUACCUUUAUCUCGAAAUAACGCCAAUCACCUAUAUUUCUCCCAAAACGAGUGUUCCAGAGUCAGUCGACAUUGCGAAGCCCACCUGAACGGAUCCCCGAUUUCUUUAACAGAUUUUUGAGUUGCCGGGGGAAUAACAGGUCUCUAAUCCCGAAGACCAUGGCUGACGUCGAGGCAGACAUGGCCUUUGCCUUCUCGGAGAAGUCCAUUCGGAUGGGCUUCAUAAGGAAAGUGUACGCCAUCUUGUGCACGCAACUUCUGAUCACCUUUGGUCUGGUGGCCAUCUUCGUGUGGGUGCCCGCCGUCAGCAACUACGCCUUAAACAACCAGUGGACGCUCUGGGUCGCCAUAGGCCUGACGUUCACCAUGAUAAUCGCCCUCUCCUGCUGUGGCAACCUGAGGAGGAAAUCGCCGUACAACUUCAUAGCGCUGUUCGUGUUCACCCUCUGCGAGGCGUACUUGCUCGGGAUCGUGAGCGCGUCUUACCAGGGGAAGGAGGUCGCCAUCGCUAUUGUGGCCACGGCGGUGGUGACGCUGGUGCUCACGCUGUUCGCUUUCCAGACCAAAUAUGACUUCACAAUGAUGGGCGGCUUUCUCCUCGUCAGCCUGACCGUCCUCCUGAUAUUUGGCAUCUUAGCAGCCAUUUGGUCCAAUGCGAUCGUCAACAUGGUGUAUGCCUGCCUCGGGGUCCUCCUCUUCAGCUUCUACCUGGUGUUCGAUACGCAGCUCAUCAUUGGAGGGAACCACAAAUUCGCCUAUUCCCCGGAGGAGUACGUGUUCGCGGCCCUCAACUUGUACCUCGAUAUCAUCAACCUCUUCAUGUACAUUCUCGCGAUCAUUGGAGGAUCAAGGGACUAAGGAUAGGAAGAAGGAAGAUAGAUAAAAGGAAGGGAAGGGGGAGGUAGAGAAUGAGGAAGGGGUGAUCUAUGCGUUUUGGUUAGUAACUCUCUAUCAAGGGUUGAUAUGGCACAUCGUCGGAAGGUACAUUUAUUAACAUGAACUGCUGUGCGAUAUUUUGUUUUACGGACGUUAUUUAUGAGGAAUAUGUUUUGAAAAAUAGACUGCAGAAGGGAUAGGCUAAGGUGGAAGUCAGCCAACACGUUUAUCUUGAGCGAGAGAGUUUAUUGAAAAGGAAUCAGCCAUUUAAUCCAUUUAAUUUUAAGAGGUUUUGGAUUGUUUCUCUUGAAAAGAUUUUUCAAAAAAUAAAUGGACACAUGAAUGUAAGUGAUGAAUGCAUGUAUGAUUAUCUGUUUGAUUAUAUAUUUAUGUAUGUACACAUGGACAUCAUUGUCCGUUAUUUUGCCUGUAUGUCUGAGCUUUACUCUUCGCGUAGCGAUGUGCUCGCCAAUAAAACCAUAAAGAUA